AUGACUUCAACCGCUUCGGCAGUGCCAUUAUUUGGAGUUAUGCCGCAGACUGCAACUGGUAUGACUACCGUAACAGCUAAUGACUUUACCUUUGGACAAUUAACAGCAACAACAGCAGCAGCAAUGGUAACAACAGCAGUAAGUUCUGCUUCGUUGCCAAUUAUGACGUCCUUUUUACAAUCUACCACAACUAUGCCUACCACAAGUACAUCAACCGGUUCAACACUGCCUUCAUUACUAUAUUCAUCGAAAACAAUCGCAGCUAAUUCACCAGCUGCUUCUGCCGUAACAGUUACAACUGCAGCUUCAACAAUAACUUCAAAUGCUUUAGCUGGCGCUAUUCCUGCUGCUACUGCUAUUACAUCUGAUAAACCAGUCACAUUUGCACAACUGGAGCAACUUAUAAAUCGUUUAACACUUGAUGUCGAAACACAGCAGCGUGUUUUUAUGUCCAGAGUACUGGAAUUGAAUGCAUAUGAUCGUGUUUUGCGGGCAAAUCAGCAAAAG